GACAAACUGGAAGGAAGAAAAGCAACCAACGCGAGUCACACAGACACAGGGCAGGGAGAACUACUGCCUCCGUCCCCGCAGGCGCCCACCCCCAACAAACCCACCGCGUUCUUUGCCGCGAGCUCUGGCGAGCGCCUCGGGUUGCCACGGGACGCGGUGCGCAUGCGCAGGGACGCCUAGUAGGCCGGGUCCUCGCGUUACCCCUGGAAACCACCGGAGCUUCGGCGACUCGAGGGGGAAAAGGUCAGGCGAUUCAAGAUGGCGGAGGAUCUGGACGAGCUCUUAGAUGAAGUGGAGUCCAAGUUUUGCACACCCGACCUUCUAAGACGGGGCGUGGUCGAGCAACCCAAAGGUUGCCGUGGCGGCACCCACAGCAGCGACCAGAACCAAGCCGAGGCGAAAGAGAAUCUCAGAUCAACGGAAACAUUUAAAAGAGAAGAUGAUCUUGACAGUCUGAUUAAUGAAAUAUUUGAAGAGCCCAACUUGGACAAAAAAACGUCUAAAUUAAAAUCUAAAUCUUCCGGUAACACAUCUGUCAGAGCUUCCAUUCAAGGCCUUGGUAAAAGUUGCAGUCCGGUGUACCUUGGUGGAAGCUCUAUUCCAUGUGGGAUUGGAACAAGUAUUUCAUGGAGAGCAUGUAACCAUCUGCGUUGUAUAGCCUGUGAUUUCUUGGUGGUAAGCUAUGAUGACUAUAUGUGGGACAAAUCAUGUGAUUAUCUGUUUUUCAGGAACAACAUACCAGAAUUCCACAAAUUAAAAGCCAAGUUGAUAAAGAAGAAAGGAACACGAGCGUAUGCCUGCCAGUGUAGCUGGAGAACUAUUGAAGAACUGACUGACCUUCAGACAGAUCAUCAGCUUCGUUGGGUUUGUGGUAAACAUUAAGAAUGCAGACUGCACAUUCAGACAGUUGCAUCCAUGAGAGCAGUAUCUGUUAAUCAACAUAAUGUUUGGGCAGUGGUCCCUAGCAAUACAUUCCCUGUGGGGAAAAAGCAGUGAAUUUCACUGAUACAACUACACACAGUUUUUAAGACCAAAUGGACUAAGGAAGAUUAUUAUAACACUUUGGAAUUAUUUUUUUCAUAUAUAUAUGGAUGUUUCACUUAGUAAGUAACAGCCAUCUACAUUCUUUACUAAUCUGUCUUCUGUUAAAUAGAAGUUUAAUUAUGGAGUUUCAUACAAAUACCUAGUUUUUCACUAGUAACUUCAACAUUGAUUGCUAAUACGCUUAGCAAAACAUUCCCCACUUGUAGCAGUUAAAACAGAUAAAGCCGGCCAGGGCAGAGAGGUCAUCUAGGGGUGUCUACAAUACUUCCUCCAAACAGAUCUGUUGUUGGCAAAGAUCAUAAUUUAGACAUGGAAGAAACCAGGUGAUCAGUGGCUAACUGAAGGGUAUUCAGGAGUUACAGGUAUUUUGCAAAAACACUGCCUCAUAGUUGAUCUUACCUCACAAACUCAAAGCAAUGUUAUGUACAUUAAAUAUAUGUUACUAGUUCUAGCUUA